GUGCCCAUGAGCUCCAGAGUGGUUGCCACUGCGCCUGCGACUGUAGCUGCCUCCAUAAAGGAGUCUCCAGGUAGCUGGGGCCUGAGGGAGGAUCUGACAGGCCAGGGCCUGGCGCUCCAGUGCCGAGUGUGUGGAGACCACAGCAGUGGGAAGCACUACGGCAUCUAUGCCUGCAACGGCUGCAGUGGUUUCUUCAAGAGAAGCAUCCGACGUAGGCUCAUCUACAGGUGCCAGGUGGGUGCAGGGAUGUGCCCAGUGGACAAGGCCCACCGGAACCAGUGUCAGGCCUGCCGGCUGAAGAAGUGCUUGCAGGAAGGCAUGAACCAGGAUGCGGUUCAGAAUGAGCGCCAACCCCGGAGCACAGCCCAGAUUCUGUUGGAGCCAGACAUUGAGCCCUGGCCAGAGUCCCUGAUGGCCCGUCCACGGGGCCCCACACCAGUGUCCGUGACCAGAGCCCUGGGGCCUGAGGCCUUCACACCUGCAGGACAUCACCACUUCAUGGCUAGCCUCCUAACCGCUGAAACUUGUGUUAAGCUGAAGCCUGAGGAUGCGGAUGAGCACACCGAUGUCACCAGCAAUGAGCCCGAGCUCCCCUUGUCCCCAUACUCCUCCCCGCCCUGCAGCAUCCAGGCCCACCUGCUCUUCAUGGCUGUCAAGUGGGCCAAGAACCUGCCUGUGUUCUCCAAUCUGUCUUUCCGAGACCAGGUUAUCUUGCUGGAGGAGGCAUGGAGUGAGCUCUUCCUCCUUGGAGCCAUACAGUGGUCACUGCCUCUGGACAGCUGCCCUCUACUGGCCUCGCCUGAGGCUCCUGCUUCAGGCGGCUCUCAAGGACAGCUCAGGCUAGCCAGCCUGGAGACGCACAUCCUGCAAGACACUAUCUCGCGGUUCCGAGCUCUGUCGGUGGACCCCACAGAGUUUGCCUGCAUGAAGGCUCUGGUCCUCUUCAAACCAGAAACGAGGGGCCUGAAAGAUCCUGAGCAUGUGGAGGCCUUGCAGGACCAAUCCCAAGUGAUGCUGAGCCAACACAGCAAGGCCUGCCACCCGAGCCAGCCUGUGAGGUGA